UUACAGGUUGAAAAUUAGGAAGGAGUUACAAGCUGUGACCACACUGAACCAGCACCAUGUUGGAAGAAGAUAUGGAAGUGGCCAUUAAAGUGGUGGUAGUAGGGAAUGGUGCUGUUGGAAAAUCAAGUAUGAUACAGAGAUACUGCAAAGGGAUAUUCACAAGGGAUUACAAGAAGACCAUUGGAGUAGAUUUUCUGGAAAGGCAAAUUCAGAUAAAUGAUGAAGAUGUUCGGCUUAUGCUGUGGGACACAGCUGGACAAGAAGAAUUUGAUGCAAUCACUAAAGCAUAUUACAGAGGUGCCCAAGCUUGUGUGUUGGUAUUUUCUACCACAGACAGGGAAUCUUUUGAAGCGGUGCCCAACUGGAAGGAGAAAGUGAUGGCUGAAGUUGGAGACAUUCCAACAGUUCUUGUUCAGAAUAAAAUUGACCUGCUUGAUGAUACAGUUAUUAAGAAUGAAGAGGCAGAAGCUCUAGCCAAGAGGUUAAAAUUGAGGUUUUAUAGGACAUCGGUUAAGGAAGAUCUGAAUGUUACUGAAGUUUUUAAAUAUUUGUCUGACAAGUAUUUGCAAAGGCUAAAGCAACAGACGGCGGAAGACACAGAAGUUGUGCACACAAGUGGCAACAAAAUAGGGGUAUUUAACACAGCAGGUGGCAGCCACUCUGGCCUGAAGGCAGAUGCUAUGAAUGGAGGAAAUGUGAUCACUCUAAGGCCAAACAAGCAGAGGACCAAGAAGAGCAAAAGUCCUUUCAGCAGUUGUACCCUGCUUUAGAACUGUUCUGUAUAGAUAAAAAAAGAGAACUGCAAAAUCGGGGACUACAGUGCAAUUACUCUUCUAAUACAGGAAUACAGCCACUUCCGGAAACAAAAUCAAAGUAAGGGUUACCUCAGAAGGAUUAUGUGGACUCUUAGGCCACCUAGUGUUUGACAUUGGUAUGACAAUUUACAAACUGUUAAAAACAGAGAAAAUAAUGCUGCCCAGUUAUUUUAUUUUUGUGAUUGAACAAACCCAUAAAUUGGUACUAACUAGUAUUUAAAGUGAAUUAGCUAUUUAAUAUAAGAGAUUAUAAACUUAGUUGCAAAUACCAUGCGAUAACAUGGUAAACACUACUUGGUACUUGUGCAAUAUUAAUCUAACACGCAAGAUAUUUCCUACAGUCUUUGAAUAAUCCCAUUAGGGAUGUUCAUCACAUUUUACAUUCAAGCUGACACUUAUAAAAAUAUUUUCAUAUUUUAAUAUUGGAUUAUAAACGGAUGUGCUGAUAUAAAUGUUUUAGGACCUUAAUCAAUAAACUGAUGUGCAUCGUGCCAAACUGCUUGACAUUGCGCUGCUAAUGUAAGUUUUGGGAUUUUUUUACAUUCCUGUUCAUCAAAUGUAUUCACACUAUACACACUGUAGUAAGAGGGAGG